AAAAGAGCGUUAGUAAGUACACAAAAAAAAAAAUUCAAUAUCUAGAAAUAGAAGACUUUUAUUGUUCCUUUCACCUUAAUUUUCUCCGCUGAUAUUAUUGAGCGAGCCCCUAUCUAAAUAUUGGGCAGAUUUUUCCUCAGAAAAAUUAAGUUAAAAUUUUCUGGGGUGAGCUCUUUCUUCACAUCCCUUUGGUUUGAAGAAGGUAGCUGAUAUCUUGUCCUCUUUGGUCCCUGGUUUCCCUAUUUCCAAAGGAAAUUUUCACAUGCUGAUCAAGGGAAGCAAGAAGAACCAGCACACUACUGUUCAGUUUGAAUCUUGAGAACCAAUUUCUGAACAAAAACGCAAUGGAUUCAACUGAGAAUGGUGAGCACGCUAAUGGUGAGAUUGAAGAAGAGUUCAGCUUCCACAAUCAAAGAGCAUUAUCAACUCGCAGCAAAGGCGAAAUCCAAGAACCUGAAAUGAAUGGAUCGAGCACCGGCAAAAAACUCAGAGAUUUCAUCCCGAUAUACAUUCCAGCGGUCGAAAAAGGCCUGAUAGUCAAGAAAAACCGCAAGCAGCGCUUCUUCGAUUUCCUGAAAGCUCGCCCGACGAAUGACUGGUUCUUACGAUUUGGAUUCAGAGGAUCUCAGCGAAGAACAAGCACGGCCGAAGAAUCAACAGCUGAUCGCCCUAGGGGACGACGACGAAGAUUUCGUGUACCCUUCGUCAGAAAAAUAAACUGGAAAGCACUUGUACAAUAUUUCAAGCAGUGGAUAAAGAGCCCAAGCAAUGUACUUCUCCUCAUAUGGGUAAUCCUUUGUGCUAUAGGCAUAGUUUGGGUAGGUCUCUUCAUGAUCGGAGCAUUAAACGAAGUGAUGCCUGACAAAGAUCAAAGAGACAGAUGGGAGGAAGUAAUUAACCAAGUCGUCAAUGCUCUCUUCACUCUCAUGGUCAUAUACCAACACCCCUUGCUAUUCCAUCAUUUAGUUCUCGUAAUCCGAUGGAGACCCGACGACCAAGUCGCUGCGAGACAGACGUACUCCAAGAACGGCGUUCAGCGUCCUAAUGAGCGAGCGCACAUUGCGUUCGUAUUAUUUCUACUUCACCUCACCUGCGUCGCCCAGUACGUGUACUGCGCUCUCUUCUGGGGGUGGUCGAGGCAUAAUCGCCCUGACUGGCCACAAUACGUCUGCAUCGGUGUCGGUGUCAUUUCACCCAUAUGGGCUGCUUGGUACACGUACUACGGUCCGUUAGCAAAGGACACUGGUGAGACAAGAACAGAUGAAGAGUCUCAGAGUCGAAGAAAUGGAGACAUACAAUUAGCCGAUAACGAAGUCUCGGCGUACCACCGAAGAGUGAUAGUCGCGGCGCCAGAGUGGGCAUCGGCGGCGCUGCUUCAUUGCUAGGAACGACA